AGCCUCAGGUACAGUGGCCGAGGCUUUGGAGGUACUGGACCGGGAGGGAGAUUCGUGGUGCUGGCAAUUGGACUUAUGAUUGCGUCUGCAGUGCGUGAGCAGCGAGAGCAUGGCUGGCUGUCUCGUCCCUCUGCAUCAUAACAGUGGCAGCUAGCCAGAGAGUCGAUCUCCUAUAGACGUCCGAGGUGUAGAGGAUUGGUCGCUAGACGGGGAUAGUUUCUAAGGGUGAGGGGCGUGGGGGGAUGGGUGGGGGCAGCAGAGAAACACUUGGAGUUGCCUGUUAGUGGGAACUGCACAGAGAGAGGGGAUUGUGCGAGAGAAGGUUUGGUAGUGUGUCGGUGUUUGUGGGUGGACGGUACGUGGGAGGGGAUCUUUUUUUUGAGGAAAGGCGGGUGGAAUAGGAGUGAAGUGAUGGUGAUGUUGACGCUCGUGGAAGUGGCGCACGACGUUAUGGGUUUGAGUAGAGGAGGGUUUCAGCCUGGCAGGGAUUUGAAUCCUUAUGGGCGGGAGAGUUAUGGUGCAGCUGAUGGUAAUGUGGGUCUCCAGCAGUCGCUGAACGAUUUCAUUCAGAGCACGCUUUUGCAGCAGCAGGAAGUGGGCUUGGAGCAAUGCGGGGCCUCGCAGCAUGUGGACACGGCGGGGUUGAUGAGUGGAGAGUUGUAUGGAGCCUGCGCACCGUCGAUGGGGUUUUCGCUGCCGUCUAUGGACAUGGAUCGUGGGAUGGGGCUGUUCGAGGACGUAUUGCCGCAGGUGGUUGGUCAUGAGAAACACUACAAUGUCCCGGUCAGUGUUGUCUCCUCCAUGCCGUAUGGAACCACACCUAGUGUGAGGCUUGGGAGAACGCAUGUCGAUGUUGCCCCCGUGGGGUUACAGUCUCAGAUUGUGAGGGAGCGGUGGGUGGAAGCCCCCCUGACCACACAGCGGCCAUUGAAACAGGAAACGGGUCUCUGUCAUACCGAAUUGAAGCUCCGGAAAGUCAUCGACAAGAGUUCUCGGACGAUGGACGUCAAGCAGAAGCGGCCUCCGGAGCAAUCUGACCAUAUUCUGCGAGAGCGGCAGCGUAGAGACGACAUGACUAGCAAGUUUGCGAUCUUGGAAUCUCUGCUACCAAUUGGUGUCAAGCGUGACAGGUCUACCAUUGUUGAAGACUCUAUCGCGCACUUGAAGAAUCUGCAUCAUCGUAUCGAAGAACUACAGGGGCGGAGGUCGGAUUUGCAACGCGCAACCACUGUUAAGCUAGACAGGAAGAGGGCCCGCGUCCAUCCGGAAGGCGCCGCUGAGGUCUUGCAACCGUAUGAAGGUGGCCCCAGUAAGUCCAGAGAGACGCCUGCUGCCGCUCAGAUACCUUCCAUCUCGCAGGACGAGAUGAGAAAUAUUCACGACUUACUUGGCAACUGUUUAGAGAAGAUGGAGGUUCACGCGGACCGACCGCGUCAGGUGGUCAUUGAGAUGGUGUGCAAGCCUAGGCCCCGUCUUCAGAGUGUCAUCCUGCAAUGUCUAGAGGCCCUAAAGCUAGAUGUCAUGCACUGCAGCAUCACGAAGGUGGCACAGCGUCUCAUCGUCGUCAUCAUCGCCAAGCCAGUGGAGGUGACCGUGUCGACGAGUGGCAUUGUCGCAGCCUUGAAGUAUGCUCUGGGCUCUGGCGAAACUACGCCGUAGUCAUGGUGUAAAAAUUCUGGAACCAUCAUCCUCUCUACAAAUGCCCAGUUGCGUGGGAAUCAAGCCAUCAUUGAAACUGUAAAUCAGUUGACAUUACCUACCAUAUUAAUGACGAGUAUUGGAGUGGCACUCUGCCCACAUUCACUGAAACGACACAGGACCGAACUGUAAAGCAGGUUUCAAUUUGUUAUCAUCAAUUGUACAGGGGUAACAUAGUACAAAUAACAGACAUGAUUUGCGAAAUCAGUACAGAGAAUGAUGAAAGUCUGAAAUUUGCUCUUAUGCACAAGUUCCCACAGCUGGAGAAUAAUUUGUGUGUAAAUGGCAAUUGUGUUGAAGAGUAAGCAUGUGUAUUCUCAUGUAAGGUUCUCAUUGAACAAGAAGACCCUUGAUCAGUUGUGAAAUUUUUGCAUCUGUUCAUCCCA